GGUGCAGUGUAGUGGGAUAAAAGGUGACAUAAACUUGUUCAGUGAUAAUAACAGGGGGAAAAAGGAAAGAAAUAGAAUAAAAGGUAGGAGUUGGGUGCGUGACGUCUCUUUCGUCGGUGGAUGCCCCAUUCUGUGGCGCCACGUCGUGGCCCAGUGUGAAACAAUCAGUGGUGAAACAUGGCCGCCAGCGACGACGAGCCGAUGCAUCUCUACGAGGUUUUUCAGAAUUGCUUCAAUAAAAUAGCCAACAAACAACCCGAAAAACCGGGCUUCCAGUCACCCUAUGGCAAUACUAUGGACAAUGGAAUGACGUAUGCUAGUGGAGGGGGUAAUGUUAAUUCAGUUGAGGGAUCUACUUAUUCCCCUGACUCGCCGUAUUUUCCAUUUGGUACUAGAGGGGUUCCACCCUCGAUUGGAACUCCAACCCCAGCAUCAAAUCCUACAACCCCUACCGGCAACACUGCACGCCUGCCCAAUUCAUCCGCCGGCGCCGCUGCUGUCAGGAGAAAGAAAGACAAUUUGGAGGGAACGGAGAGCGAAGUGGUGACGACGCAGCAUUGGGUGAGUGAAUCAAACUAUUUGACAGUUAUUUCGGGGAUUAGAUAG